GAAUCGCGGGAGCAGAGGGAAGCCAGGAGUGGGUCAGGGGCAGCACUUGGGCUCGUGUUGGUGCAGCAAACGGCAUGGGUGCUGGUGCUGUUGCACGUGGUAGUGGUGGUAGUGCUCGUGUUGGUGGUGCGGUGGAUGAGGCGGUGACGCGGGCGUGGGUGGGGGGGCUGCGAGUGCUAGUGGUUGACGACACGCCCGUCAACCUCCUCGUGGCCCGCCGCUCCCUCGCCCGCUGGGGUUCCAUUGUGACCACAGCUUCACGUGGGGAGGAGGCUAUUGACUUCAUUGCUGCUGGAGUGGCGGAGGGGAGAGGGCAGGAGGAGGGGAGAGGCGAACAUGCUGUUGGGGAGGAGGCGAGAGGAGAGCAGGAGGCAUGUGCAUCAUUGCAGCAUGGCUUCGACUUGGUUCUCAUGGACCUGCAGAUGCCGGGCAUGGACGGCUUUGCAGCAGCAGCAGCCAUACGAGCCCUUGAGAGGAGAGUGGAGUUUGAAUCAAUUUCACGGGCACGGCAAUCGCAGCAGCAUAGGCCGCAGCACACCCCUUCGGAUCUGCCCGUCCCACCCCUAGAAUUUGCGAACCCUGCUGCUGCUGCGGCAGCCGCCGCAGCCGCCGCCGCAGCCGCCGCCGCCGCCGCUGCUGCUUCUGCUGCAACUUCUGGUGCUGCUGGUGUUGCUGCUGCUUCUCCUGCUGCUGGGUGGCCCGUCUCCCUGCGGGUGCCCAUAGUGGCUCUGACGGCAGACGUGGAUCGCGGAGUGGUGCAGAGGUGUGCAGAGGGGGGGUUUGACGGUGUGCUGCAGAAGCCAGUGGAUGCCCACCUGCUCGCCGCCCACCUCUCCCACAUGCACUCCCAGAGAUCCCUCCUGCGGGUCGGGUCACACCCCGCUCUUGGUCAAGCUACGGACAGAUACGACUGA